GUAGUUUCAAGUCGUUUGCGAUUGGCUAACAUUCACGCCAUCUUUACGCUUGGAAAAUGAUUUCCGGUUUUAAUGAACUCGGCCAUUUUCAUCGUUGUUUCGCUACAGUUAGGUCGUUACUUCAAGCCGGUUCUGAGGUAACGAUCUUUCAAUAUGGUAAACGGACGAAUUCCUUCGGUCUUUUCAAAGACCUAUGUAACUCCCAGGCGGCCUUAUGAGAAGGCACGUUUAGAUCAGGAGUUGCGAAUCAUCGGUGAAUAUGGUCUUCGUAAUAAACGUGAAGUAUGGAGAGUCAAGUAUACGUUGGCCAAAAUUCGUAAAGCUGCUCGAGAACUUCUUACGCUCGAAGAAAAAGAUCCAAAACGUCUUUUCGAAGGUAAUGCAUUAUUGCGUCGUUUAGUGAGAAUCGGUGUGUUGGAUGAAGGACAUAUGAAACUCGAUUACGUUCUUGGCUUGAAAAUUGAAGAUUUCUUGGAAAGACGUCUUCAAACUCAAGUAUUUAAAUUGGGUCUUGCUAAGUCAAUCCAUCAUGCCAGAGUUUUGAUCCGUCAACGUCAUAUUAGGGUGCGCAAGCAAGUGGUGAACAUCCCCUCCUUCAUUGUACGAUUAGAUUCGCAAAAGCACAUUGAUUUCUCUUUGAAAUCUCCAUUUGGAAGUGGCAGACCAGGCCGUGUAAAGAGGAAGAACUUGCGUAAGGGCUCUGGUGGUGCUGCACCUGAGGAGGAGGAAGAUUAAACUAUAAAUAUGAUAGUUGAAUAAAAGUUUUAUCAGAUAUAUAUCUAUGUUCAAGUAUAUUAGGAUUCCUCUGGGAUUUUUAUUUCCUGA